AAAGAACCAUCGUCUCAGUCGCAACAAAGUGUGGAGACCGAGAGAGUAGAGAUGGCUGACCGCAGGAGACGGAGGAAACUGGCUGGGGAUGAGGACUCUGACGGCGGCUCGGAAGCAUCAGACGAGGAGACCAAUGGCGUCCGUAAAACCACAACGGGCAGUGACGGAGGAGAUAGCGAGUAUGAGAGUGCGGACGAGGAGGAGCUGCUGGAGGAGGAGGAGGAGGAUGACGAGGAAGAGGAGCUCCUUCAGACGGCAGAUGGAGUGAUACUUGAUAAGGACAAACAGCUGGAUGACGACGAGGACCGCAAGAACCCUCAGUACAUCCCCAAGAAAGGAACGUUUUAUGAGCACGACGACAGGACGGCCGCCACGGAGGAGGACACUGCUAAGGAAGUGCCCAAGGAACCACCAGUGAAGAAGGAGGUGGCGUCCAAGAAGAAGGUGUGGAAGGAGGACGACCGCUGGAACCAUGACCGAUUUAACGAGUAUGAUCAGGCGCCCAAGUCCAGGGAGGAGCUGAUCGCAGUGUACGGCUAUGACAUCCGCAACGAGGAGGGGCCGCCCAGGGCACGUCGCCGCAGGAGAUAUGGACGUGGGCCAAACAAAUACACUCGCAACUGGGAAGACCUUGACGCAUACUCCAAGCCAACCCGCGGAGGAGUAAGUCCCGGUCUGCGAGGGCGGGGCGGCAUGAGGUCCUUAGGGGGAAGCCACAAGACCCUGGAGAGCGAAGAAGACUUCCCUGCCCUAGGAUCCACACAGCCUCACCUGAAGGACUCUGUGGAGGAUAUUGUUUCCCGCCCAGAGUCGCAGGAGCAGCACUGGCCGGCCCCUGACUCCUAUCGUGGUGAGGGCGAACAUCCAGUGAAGCACCAACACCAGUCAUCACCACACCCACAGCUGCCACCCAAGCAACACCAGCCAACACCCCCCAGCCAGCAGCCACCCCAACAGUACACCCAAAGGAACCAAGGCAUGAGUCCCCCGAGCCAGGACCAGCGGGCCGAGGGGAGAAGGGGUCGGGGCCGAGGCGGGGUGACAACGGGGCUCGGCAGGGGGGCUGGUGGCAGGGGACGCAAGAAUAGGAACGAUGAGCGUGCCAUCCCUGGUGAUGGUCGGCAGAACAUGCGCGGCGUUAGGGGCGGCUUCCAUCAACACCCGGUGCGCAUCCAGCCUGUCAGCCCUCACUACCACAUGCUCCAGCAGCAGCACCAGGAGAAGCAGCAGCAGCCACAGCAGCAGCAGCAGCAGCAGCAGCCACAACAGCAGCAGCAACAGCACACACCACGGGAGGUUGACGACAUGACGAUGGACUUGAAGAACUUGUCUGUCUCAUCACAGAACAGAGACGAAGCAUUCAGGGGCAAGAACAGGGGAGGUGGUGGCGGUGGUGGCGGCCUAGACAGUCGCCGCAGCAACGUGCCGCCGCGCCUGCAGCAGGACCCAGCGGUGGCCGCCAGCCUGGCCGGGCGAGGCGGCCGUGGCGGCAACGCGUCAGCAGCAGCAGACGGGUCCUCGUCGCGACCCAAGCGUUACUCAUCGCAGCGGCAGCGGUCCAUCCCGGAGCAGCCUGUGCCACCCUACACCCAACAGCACGGCUACCUGGAGGGCCCUGUGGAGACAGGAUACCAGGGCGGCGUGAGUGACGCAGGCAUUGCAACGUCCACCAACCACAGUGUGACGGUGCCACACACGCAGCUGCCCCUGGCAGGGGGAGCACCCCCAACCUUUGUGCCUCCUGCCUUCACCACGUCACCCCCUACCUACCCCACAGAGCCCUUCCUGGGCAGCCCUCCCGCCCCCCGCAUGUUCCCUCCAGUCACUCAGGCGCCACACCUCUUUGGUCCCCCAGUGGCUCCCCCAGUGCCUGUUCCUGGACCCCCAGUGGCAGGGCCACCCCCCGUCGCCCCUCUUGGUGCCCCACCAGUGGGUGCCCCCACAGUGCCUGGCCCUCCUGUCACUGGCCCACCCUUCCUGCCACCGGAGAACAUGAUCAACUUUGGUGCCCAUCCUGGCCCCCUCCCCGGUGCUGCCCCACAUCCACCACAGUUCCCCCCCUUCCAGGGCUACACCCCUGGCCCAGUGGUCAGUGCGUCCCAGCCGGGUGAGAUCUACAGCAACGGGGUCACUUACUACAACACGGAGAGUCAGCAGCAGCUGCCCCGGGCCAACCUGCCCCUACAGAAGCGGCCCAAGGCGGCCAUCCCCAUCGUGCCGCCACCAGAGAGGGAGCGACUGCGGCGGGAGGCCCAGGGGAGGCAGGGGCGAGAGCAGGGAGUCUUGGAGGUCCAGGAUGACUCUGAGGACUAUCCUAUGGAGGGAGAGUCCUUUGAGGAUGCUCCACAGCACCAACACCAGGAGCUGCACCACCAACCAGAGCCACACCCACAGGAGCCACAGCAGCCAGAGCCACAACAAGAGCAGCUGCAGCAGCCAGAGUCACAGCAGCAGGAGCCAGAGCCACAGCAGCACCAGGUAGAGAAUGACCAAAAGCAGGAACAUAAGCCAGAGCAACAGCAGCAGCAGCAGCAGCAACAGCAACAACAACAACAACAACAACAACAACAACAACAACAACAACAACAGCAGCAGCAGCAACAACAACAACAGCAGCAGCAGCAGCAGCAGCAGCAGCAGCAGCAGGCCAAGGAGAUGCAACAGUGUAAAGAAGUGAAGCAGCCUGACCCUCAUCCAGUGAAGCAACAAGAACAACAACAACAAGAUCAAUUAAAACAAGAGAAAGCACCAGAGAAGCAGCCGAGUGAAGUGAAGGCUGCUGCAGAGGAGUCCACACAGCACAAUGAGGCACAGCAGCAAGACAAGCCACAGGAGCAGAGGAAGGAGAAGGAGGAGGCUAGGGAAGGUGCAAGUAGUGGCUCCUCAGCACCACCAGAGGAGGCGUCUAAGGGCGAGGUGGCGGCAGCAGCGGCGACAGCAGUAGGGCAGGAGACGGGUGGUGGGGCGGGGGAGGUGGUGGAGGCAGCCCCGGCAGAGCAGCCGUCUGCGUCGGAGACGGUCGCAGCGGCAGCGUCUUAAUGAUUGCUUAUUUAACACUAUGAACGUACACUAGGACACUCGGACCGCACAUUUGGCAACUGUUUGGUGCUGCAGUCACACCUCGCACGGACAAUUAUCACCAUUGUAGACAGCAAAUGUUAAUUGGCACCAGUCUCAGCAAAUUUGUGAUGAACACAUCCUGUGAAUAUCAUUACGUCAUCCUACAGUAUAGAAUCCGACAUUUUUGUUACUCAUUGAUAUUUUUCCCAAUGGCCAAAACAGUUUAGUAUCUUUAAGUUGAACCAAAUGCCAUGUAACUGGUUCAUCUUCACACGAGAAGCUGCUCCUCCCUCCCUCUGUCCCAGUCCUGCACUGUGCUUAUCUUCCACAGUGGAUGUCUAUGCAGCAGCAGCAGCAGCGCUGUGUCUUGAGACCUGAUGUGUUGCAGCUCCAUCACUGUCACAAUAGGACAAAUCAUUCACUUGUCAUACAGGAAGCUCUUUUCUCUCAGCCAUGCACUGUUCUUGUGUUCUUCAAUGGGUGUUUGUGCAGUGCUGUGUUUUGCAAGUCCUUCAGUCAUAUUCAGAAAUGCCUUGCUCUCUCAAUACCUCAAUUUCCCUAGGCCGCAGAGACAACUAGCUGGGUUUUCAAGACAGUUUUUCCCUUUGCAUAAACUAGAAAUAUGGCUAAUCUAUCUCCAGAACCAAAAAAACACCCUGAACCUCUUCAAUACUGGGAUACAUUUGUACCUUGAGGUUUUUAAACAAUUAGACAUUAAGAAGGAUGGGGUGUAUGGAGGUUAGAAGGUUAAUGGGCACAGUCUUCACUAUUUUAAUUCCCCAAUUGAGUUUAUGAAGCUGUAUAAAAUCACCAAAUAGUCAUCAGAAUGAAUAUGGAAACAUGUCAUAUAGUACUGAAAGGAUUAAAACCAUGAAUAUCUUUAACUGGAGCCAAUGGAAAGCAGUGGCAGUGAGAGAGCACAGUGUUUCAGAAUACAGAUUGUAAUAUUGCGGUUGAGUUACAAUAUGAACAGUAUAAUUUGUUGCUGGAAGGCUUAUUGCUGUUGUGAAUCUCAGUUCAUUUCACCAAGAAGGCAUUUUGUCCAAGUGUCUGCCUGGCAUGUGGACGGAUGGGUCAUGGCUUCCUGUUCUGAGGAGUGGGACAAAUGUUAUUCUCACUUGGAGAGGAUUAAUAAUAAAUUUUCUUUGUUUUGAUGAUUUUGGAUACAAAUAUUGCUUUUGUAUUUAUAUUUAUCUUAUGAUGCUUGAACUGUUCUUAAAGAAGCUCAGCUGAAAACAUUAUGAAUAUUCUCUCUCUCUCUCUCUCUCUCUCUCUCUCUCUCUCUCUCUCUCUCUCUCUCUCUCUCUCUCUCUCUCUCUCUCUCUCUCUCUCUCUCUCUCUCUCUCUUUAUACACCUCAACCAUUAAGCAAGCAUUCCUUCCUUCCACUUAUACUUUGUCUGCCACCUCUAUUUAAUUCCUCAAAUUCCUGAACCCACAACCUUCAUUAAGUAAAGCAAUGAACUCAGUAACUGUAACUAUCAACCCACCAUCACUAAAACCUACGUCUGUUCUCAGACACUUCAUUACUGUGCUUCUUUUGUUGUUUGUUGUGUUGAAACCCAGGGAAGACUUGUAGUGCAGUGUGUUGGCCUGUGUGUGGAGCAGAGUGAGGGGUGCUUAUCAUUGACACUGCAAGAAAUAGUGGAACCAGAAGGGUGAGCCAGCACUGCCUUGCCUCAUGAAUGGUGGUGGAGAGUGUCACAAACAUGGCAGCUCGGCACCAGUGACUGGGCGAGGUGACCGCAGCUGUUGAGUGAGUCAUUUAGUUGCCAAACAAGCGAGCAAGGUGGUGUGUAAUGGACUGGUGUUGCCAAGUAAACUUCCACACCAAGACAUGCCAAAUGUGCGGUCCCACUGUUUAUACACAAGUAUUUAUUUGUUUUGCCUACAAAAGAAAUGCUCUCCCACACAUGUUAUUACUCCUUGAAUUAGACCUUUUUAAAAUGCUGUAUUUUAUAUUGCAGCUUUGAUAGCUUUAAUUUUUAUUUUAUUAUUAUUUAUAUAUUUUUUUUUGUUGGUCCUACAUUUGAUGUAUGAUACAUCUGCUUAGAUGGUUUGUAACCUUAUUACAUUAUCAUGUGUGCUGGUGGCUGGGAUGCAAGAUAAUAAAGCCUGUUCAUAA